CAAACCCAAAGGAUAAAACAUACAUCAUCAUGUGAUCAUUCAACAAAUCUUCUUAAUUCUCGCUAUUCUGAGCAUUACCCACAUCAUCCUGCUUAUUGAGCUAGGGAUUGUUGUUCAGUCGUCUUAGGAUUUUGCUCGACUAGAUCAGAAUUAUCUUCAACAUCCAUCAGCAGCAUCACCAUCUCAAGAAAUCCCACAUGAAAAAACUCACAUUUUUGCCUGGAAACAUGGCUGAGACGUGGACAUCAAUGGGUUCUACCAUAGCCAGCUUCAUGUUUAUGUGGGCGAUCAUUCGCCAAUACUGUCCUUACGAGCUUCGCCGCUUCUUCGAGAGGUCUAUACACAGAUUCAUGGGUUACUUCAAUCCCAAUAUUCGGAUUUCCUUCCACGAGUUCAGAGGAGAUCGGCUCAAGCGUAGCAAAGCUUACUCUACCGUGGAGGCAUACCUCAGCGCCAACUCUUCAACGAGCGCUAAAAGACUGAAAGCUGAGAUGGGCAGCGACAGCAGCAAGCUGGUGUUGAGUAUGGAUGAGUACGAGAGAACCACAGAUGAAUUUCAUGGUGUUAAGGUUCGGUGGUUGUCCAGCAAAGUUGUGUCGCAAACUGCAAGGUUGACGAUUAAUAAUUUUCCUCAGCCGGAGACGAGGCUGUACAAGCUCACGUUUCAUAAUAAGUACCGAAAGAUAAUCACGGAGUCCUACUUGGAGCAUGUUUUGAUAAAAGGGAAGGAGAUUAGAGUGAAGAAUAGGCAGAGGAAGCUCUACACAAAUACUGCUCACAGAUGUUUGUCCAGCCACAAGCAAACCAUGUGGAGUCAUAUUGUUUUUGAGCAUCCAGCAACCUUCGAAACAAUGGCGAUGGAUCGGGUGAAGAAGCAGGAGAUUGUUGACGAUCUGUUGACUUUCAGCAAGAGCAAGGACUUCUAUAAAAAAAUUGGGAAGGUGUGGAAGAGGGGUUAUCUUCUUUAUGGGCCUCCCGGCACAGGGAAGUCGACGAUGAUUGCAGCAAUGGCAAACUUGUUGAACUAUGAUGUCUAUGAUCUUGAGCUCACAGCAGUGAGGGACAACAUAGAGCUGAGGAAGCUUUUGAUCGAGACAACAAGUAAGUCUAUCAUUGUGAUUGAGGACAUUGAUUGCUCGCUUGAUCUUACCGGUCAGAGGAAGAAGAAAGCAAACAAAUCUUCAGAAGAUGAGAAUAUUGAUGAGAAGGUGAACAGGGAAAGUGCAAAGAAAGAAACCAGGGAAGAAGCAGGCAGCAGCAAAGUCACUCUUUCAGGGCUGUUGAACUUCAUUGAUGGGCUAUGGUCUUCGUGUGCAGGACAGAGACUGAUUGUUUUCACUACUAAUUAUGUAGAAAAACUGGAUCCGGCACUCAUAAGAAGGGGAAGAAUGGAUAGGCAUAUUGAGCUGUCUUACUGCAGUUUCGAGGGGUUUAAGCUGCUUGCCAAGAAUUACCUGGAUCUUGAUAUGCAUCCCAUGUUUGAUGCAAUCAAGAAGUUGAUAGGGGAGACAGAGAUUACACCGGCUGAUGUUGCAGACAAUCUUAUGCCAAAAUCUUCACUGGAUGACGCGGACAAAUGCCUGUCGAACUUGAUACAGAUUCUUGAGGAAGCGAAGGAAAAAGCAGCAAAGAAGAAAGAUGAAGAGGGGAAAGUGAACGAUCCGGCCAUAUAACCUGCUUGUUAAUUAAUUGUGACAAAUGUCUGUAUUUAGAUUUUGUAUGAAAUACUGCGUUUCGUGGACUAAAACUCUCUACUGCUAUGUUUGAGGAAUGUGGUGUUAGUUUGUUAUGAAUGUUGUGUUUAAUUUCUCUUAAUCUAUGGUGUAAGUUGUGUAUGUCGAGUUUGUCGUGCUUUCGGGUAUUGAUCAGUAGGCGAUCAGCUUUAUGCCUGCUUUGACUUUUGUAAGGAAACACAGAAUAUUUUUUAA